CACAUCAGCUCUCAAGCUGAUAAACUGGGUUGUGACUGCUGUUCCCCAUCAGUGGAAUUGGCUCAAACUGGAGGCCAUGAAGCAGUGGUUUGCCACAGCUCACGUCUGCCUUGUGGUAUUGAGAGCUUCAACACUGUCCUGUCCACUGCUGGCAAGUUCUAUGUGCAGCCAGUGGCUACAGGACAGACUUGUAAAGAGUCUAAACUGUUUAGGCUGGCAAUUCUGUCUUUUCUAGAUUUGGGAUUUUUUCAGCUAAUCAUCCCAAUAGACAGGGGAGCAGGAAAAGACAUGAUGCGUCCUGACUCUUGCAUCAACACAAUGAUGCACCAUUUUUCAACUGGAGAGAGGUGCAUGCAAGUGAUAAAAGAGAUGGCUCACAUCUUGAGAGUAGGAGGCCAGAUAAUGAUAUAUGUGUGGGCAAUGGAGCAAAAAUGGGGAAGAUUUGAAAAGCAAGACAACUUUGUUCCUUAG